AUGUGCAUUCUGUUCGCUACAAGAUCUCAUCCGGGUUAUGAAUUGAUCCUCAUAUCUAACAGGGAUGAAUUCUUUGAGAGAAGUACGCAUGAUACUUGUUGGCAUACAAAUUCGUCUAUUCUGUCUCCAUAUGAUAUGGCAAGGACCCACGGUAGUACCGCAUCAAAGUCUGAAAUUUUUGGAACUUGGAUAGGGAUCAAUCGAGGAGGGAGAGUAGCCAAUAUCUUAAACUUAAGACCGGCUGAUACAUUACCUAAUAAGUCUUCUAAGGGUCCUAAAUCAAGAGGUAUAAUACCAUUUAUGUUUUUAAACACUAAUUCGCUUAAAGAUAGUUUUGAUAACUGGAAUUCCUUUGAAAAUUUUCAAAAACAAUAUCCAGAUCUAACACAAUCUGGAGAUUUCAGUCUCUUUUAUGGUGACAUCAACAAAAAAGAGUAUAGAAUAAUUGAUACAUAUGGACAAACCUUUCCAGUUUUAGAUAAAGAUGAUGGAUAUUCUUUUGUCUUGUCCAAUAAUACAUUCAAUAUUAACGAAAAUCGUCAAUGGAUAAAAACAAAAUCAGGUCUCCAAGAGUUGCAACAAAUGAUAAAGAGAACAAAAAAUAAUUGCACUGACGAAAAUAUGCUUUCUGAAUGUUUUAACCUUGCAUCAACAUGCACUAUCCCACAAGAAAUAAGAGACGAGACGUAUCACAUAAACCCAACUGUUACGUACGAUACAAUAUUCGUCCCACCUUUAGGGAAUGAAGAUGAUGAAGAUGUUGGUUUAACAUCUACGAAAGGUAAAUUUUAUGGUACCAGAUCCCAAAUUGUUAUUUUGGUUAGUAAAGAUUCUAAACAUGUCACCUACGAAGAAAAAGUACUGCACACAUCUGAUACAGAUAUUUUAAUCAAUUCUUCUAGUAAUCCUAAAAGCAUUAACAAAUUCCAGUUUGAUAUAGAAUAG